CCGUAGUGGUCAAUAAUUCCCACUCUCAACCUUGUGAUUUUUUGGGGCACGUACUGAACACUAUCACCUUCGAAACGCUGACAAAGGCCAGGUGAGCAACCAUGCGUAAAACUCUAUAUAGUGUUGGCAUAAUACAGGCCUAGCCUACGCAACGUACCUGUACUCCGCAGUCCACGUACAAGUACAUGUACAUAUACAUGUACAUGUACAUGUACUGUCCUUGCACAACUAUACAGUACGAAUACGCGUAACACUUGCGGACCACGCCAACUACAGUGGGUCAAACUUUCAUUGUUGUAAAAGACAACACUCAUAAAAGUUCAAUAGGUGUUUUCAGACUAAGUGGAAUCGGAAUGCAGUGUGUUGACACACAGGACUUCAGGAGUACAUGUACAUGACAAACCACUAGAUUUUCGAAAACAUUUUGUGUCCAAGCAAAGGGUAACUAUAACGUACGCCAAAUGGACGGGGUUAUUGAAAACUCCACAGAGACUCCUUCGUAUGAAUUCACUGACUACACACAGAGAGUCAUUGUGGCCACGCUGAUUCUGAUGAUAUCCGUGGUGGGACUCGUCGGGAACACCAUGAUUCAUUUGGCCGUGCUUCUAUCCAAGAAGCUCCGUACGGCCACCAACACCUUCGUGGUAAACCUGAGCGUCGCUGACUGGCUGACUUGCCUGGCCAUUCCGUGGAACUCCGUGGCGUUGCUUAGCACGGACGGGCUGCCGGUCAGCGAGUGGUUCUGCAAGGUGGUCGCCACCGUCCAGUUUACCACCGUGGGCUGCAGCAUCAUCACCCUGGGAUUUAUCGCUUUGAACCGUCUGUUGCUCAUCACCCGACCUACCACCACCUACCACUUGCUCUACACACCUAGAAAGAUCGUCCUAUGGGUGGCACUGAGUUGGUUAAUCCCGCUACUGACUAGCCUCCUACCUCCAUUGACGGGUGUUGGUGCCGUCGGCUACAAUCCACAGUUUUACUUCUGCGGAUCCAAACCAUCCAAUCCUCACUACAACAUUUACAAUAUCAUCAUUGCGGCAGUCUUGUACCCUAUCCCUCUCGUCACCAUCGUCGUCAGCUACUCACUCAUCUGGCUCCAUCUGCGCCGCCACGCCAAGAAAAUGAUCGGUGCCCCGAAAAAGAAACCUAAGUACGCCCCCACCAACAUCGCCAUGGUGCCGUCUCAUCAUUCGGAGGAGAACAGCGAGUACGCUAGUCGGUCAGGCACAACGGUGAACAACAGCCCGUCUCGAAAACGACGUCGACAGAACGAAGUUACCAAGAACAUGGUGUAUGUGGUCUGCGGUUUCGGUCUGUGUGCCACCCCCUAUGCCAUUAACCUCUUCUUCUUUGACAUGGGCCCCACCAUACCCUACACAACUGUCAUCCUACUUCUGAACAAUUGCAUCAAUCCCUUAAUCUACGCGACCAAGCACCGUGAUUUCAAGACAGUCUUCGGUUGCAUCCUCCGUCGCCAGUGGGACAAGAUUCCGAACCCCUCUGACUUUUUGAAAAAAGUGAGACGAACCAAAUGUUGUGGUGCCUAGAGGAUAAUAAUGAAAAUUAAUUAACAAGACUGUGUUGGUGGAAUAGGAAUGCAAAAGUUAAUGUUAUGAUGAAUUAUCUUGACCUUAUUGCACAACAUCAGUUUUUCUUGGAUGGAUAAGUAGAUGCCGAGAAAGCCAUCUUUAGAUGGCCGCAAUGCAUUUGGUCACUUUCUCACGAGAAGUUGAAGCACGUUCAUUUUGGGCUACCAUUGUACAGUGUUGUUGAUGUGCUUAUGAUUGAUCACAAGUACUGAACAUCACAGGUUUGGUCACAACGUGAAACAUCAGUUACUUCACACUCACAGAUCCUGUCACACGGAAUGGGGGAUGCAUGAUGGACACUAACAAAAUAAUGACUUUGUUCAUUCCACAGUUUAUCCGAAUAGCUGGUACAUUGUAGUUGACUUGGAACCGGAUGGCAUGUGUUGGACUUGAGAUGGCUAGUGAUGACUGGUAAUGGUAAUCCAUCACAAACACAUGUACCUCGGCUCAAAACCGCCGUCCAAUUCAAAUUACACACCUGUUCCAAGUUCAAAAUUACUCAUCAGGAUCGAGAUUAAUCACUUUUCCCCAGUUGGAAAAAAAGACCCAGGGCACGGCAUGUAGUAUCGUAUUUAGUUUCAAAUUUGGUAGCUAUAAUUAAAUUACUUUUGUUGUUGUUGUUGUUGUUGUUGUUGUAAUAUUGCAGUAUGCAUAAGAAAUUACUCGUGUAAAUGAGCGUGUUCAACUUGGCGUCACCAUGCCUGAAGACCGUUAGUUUUGUAAAUACAUAAAAUGCAAGCUCGAGUGAAUGCCAAUAUUAUUUCAAAAAAAA